UCGUCUCCUCCUGUUCUUUGUUUCAAAUUGUCUUCUUUUCCUGUUUCUUGUUCCUUUCCUUCAAAGGCAGCUAUCUAUCUUCCCUUUUCUUUCCAUUUUCUCUCUCCUAAACAAACCCACUUCCAUAUCUUCCAGACAUUUCUAAGCUUAGAUUAACUCCAAAUCCCCCAUUAUCUUCUAUAUCAUCAUCUUCCUCUUUUAUCCACCUUCAUCUUUAUUUUCCCUUUUUCAAUUUCAUUUCUCCCACUUUCUUGAAUUAUCUAUUCAAACCCUAGAUUUUCAUUUUCAUCAUCAAAGCCCUAAUUUCACGAUCAGAUACCCUUUUGAUUGUUAAUUUGUCCCGAUUACAUCAAUUCCACGACUAAAUUGAAGAAAACCCCUAAAAAAAUUAGAAUAAUUGGAGUUUGAAUUAUGGCGGGUAUUGAAGAGAAUCGUGAGUUGUCGACUAGCAAACCCUCGAAUUCUUCGACAACAAAGGGUUCGUUCUUCAAUCGGUCAAUGACAACAAUCCAAUCAUCUGGAAAUUCGUUCUCGAAGAAAGCUUACGUUUCGUCAGCAGCUUCGACGAUCGCCGACAAAAACGCGAAUUCGGUUAAGAAAUGGUAUAAUUCCGUUGAGUCUGUUGGUAAUUCUUUCAAAGGAAAGGUUUGGAAGCUUCGAAAUCUAUUCGAAUCGCCGAAACCCGUUGAUCAUAAUCCCGUUGAGUCUGCUGAUAAUAAUUUAGCUAAAUUGAGACCUGUUAAAUCGUUUACUACAGAUUAUAAGGAUUCUUGGUCGAUUUUAGACGCUUCGAGUAUUCGAUUUCCGGGGACUGAGGACCGAGUUGUAUUGUAUUUCACUAGCUUGAGAGGAAUAAGGCGAACUCGGGAGGAUUGUGAUGCUGUUCGGAUGAUUUUACGGGCGUAUAAGGUGUUUGUCGAUGAACGAGACGUUUCGAUGGAUGCUGCAUACAAGAAGGAGUUGCUUGGAUUGUUGGGGGAGAAACAUGUGAGUUUGCCACAUGUGUUUAUUAAUGGGAGGUAUUUGGGUGGGGUUGAUGUGGUCAGGCAGUUGAAUGAGACCGGUGAACUUCGAAAGAUUCUUCAGGCAUUGCCAAUGAGAGAAAGACGGUUCGUCUGUGAUGCUUGUGGUGAUGUCAGGUUCUUGCCCUGCUCUAAUUGUAGUGGAAGUAGGAAGCUUUUCGACGAAGAUGAACAAGUUAUCAAGAGAUGCUUAGAGUGUAACGAAAACGGGUUGAUUCGAUGCCCGGAGUGUUGCCUAUGAACUAUUAUGAUCACCUAUGUGAUCCAGGUAUUGGUUCUAAACACAUAAAAGAAAAACUGAACAUUCAAUUAGCUAGUUGUGAGUUCUAUUUAGCUUAUGGUCUGGCUUGAAAUAACCCCCUUUUUACGGUUUCAGCCUUAUCGUGGAGAUUUGGUUGUACAUUGUUCAUAGAAUUAUAAUGAACAACUAUGUAUGUCAUUGAUAGUACUUGACUAGUGUAUCUCCUUGUUGAACAAAGGAAAUACUACUUCAUAAACAAAAAUAAAAUCCAAAAAUAUGAAAAGAGGAGAUAAGCAUGUUAAUGCUGGUGUGCUCCAUUGUAGCUAGGGAGAUGGGCAUAUCUCUCUUGACUUGCAAUGUAUAAUUUCUAUUUUUUGUAUAUAUUAAUGACAUUUUUUCCUCCUUUUUUUUUGCUUUUGAGCAAACUGAAGCUUAUGUAAUCAGAAGGGUGACUAUGGUUUUUGCCCAUUGGAAUGAAUGGAGUAUUCUUUUUUUUUUU